AUGACGGAGGAUUACAACUAUGACUACACCUUAUUCAAUUGUUCUUCGAAUCGGGAAAAUCCUGAACACUGUCAUCUGGUCCCUUGUCUAAGUACUCUUCACUACAAAGUUUAUGCCCUUCAAGCACAAUAUAUCGUCAUGUAUAUUGAUUUGUUGCAUUGUACCAAGAUGUACGACGUUUUUUCAGUUCCAGAUCAGGUAUUCUACGAAGAUAAUUUUCCUCUUAAUUUGUCUUGGUCCAAACCAAACUGUGGAUCUUGUGAAGCAAGAGGCGGACUGUGUAGAUUGAAUGACAAUAACAGUGAUCUCAAAACUGAAUGUUAUGGCUUGCACGGACAAGCUAAAGGUGCAGGGAAAAAGGCACUGACUGCAGGUGAAUGGAAAAAGCGACUGACAGCAGGUGCAAUCUUAGGAUUCUUCCUUGUUCCACUACUGGUCAAUGCACUCUACCGCGUCUAUAGUUUCAAUAAAAUAGAAAGAGAAUAUCAAGACAAGGUUGAAAUAUUUUUGAAUGAUUACAGAGCCGGGAAGCAGACAGGAUACACCUGUGCUAGUCUUAAAAAAAAAAAAAUCACAAAUCAAUUCAAGGAUGAAUUGGGCCAAGGACAAGGAGCUUAUGGAACAGAACUCAAAGGAAAGCUAACCAGUGAAAUUCCAGUAGCUGUGGAACUCGUCAACGAAAAAUGGUUGGAGGAAGGAAGAACGCUGAUGACAAGUCAGAAAAUGGCGAAGAAAUAUACUUCCCAGAAUGAGGUAGAAGAAGAUGCUAAAAUUGCAAAGAAACUAGCAAUUGUGGGACUUUGGUGCAUUCAAUGGAACCCAGAAGACUAUCCUUCCCUGAAAAUUGCUUUCCAAAUGCCGGGAGGUGAAGGAGACAACUUGGCAACGCCUCCUAAGCCUAUUAGCUCCACAGUUCCCAAGGGAACGGAUGCAGCUCUACCAGGGUGA